CGGAAAUUCUCAGGUUCGGAUGGAUUAGGUUCAGGCCGGCCUUUCUAUAACGAAAUUGAUUCAAGAGAAUUGUAUAGGAACGGCCGAUACUAAGAAAUCAGUUAAUAAUUUUAAUAUAUUUUAUUAUUAACGGAAUUUCUUAUAUCGUUCCGGAGCGGAUAACGCAACAAUUUUGUUGUUGGGAGCGACGACCAUCACCUACAGAAUGAGUCGUCAGCAGAUUAUCACCGGUCUGCUCUGGAUUGGAGUUUUAAUUGUACACGCCAGCGCUCAGGUUGAUCCAUGGAGCCAGCCAUCCAAUGAAAACAAGGGACCACCAGGUGCUGGUCCAAGUAACUUCUACGCCCCACAAGUCGUUGUUCCAGGACCAAGAGGACCACCAGGACCGCCUGGACCGGCUGGACCAACGGGAUUCCAAGGACCCAGGGGAGAGCCAGGAGAGUCCGGUGUGCCUGGUGCCCAAGGUGCGAGAGGAUUAGUGGGACCCGUCGGACCCCCUGGAAAAGAUGGACCUGAUGGUGGACCAGGUGUCCCAGGACCCCAGGGACCACAGGGCCAACGUGGAGCCGAUGGUCACCCAGGAAACGCAGGACCUCCAGGUCCCAUCGGAGCCGCUGGCAUUCCUGGAGUACCUGGAUUGGCUGGAGCUAAGGGAGAGCCAGGUCAGCAGGGAGCUCCAGGGUUCCCAGGAUCCGCGGGUGCGCCAGGAGCUGCUGGAUUUCAAGGACCAGUCGGUGGAAAGGGAGAACCAGGUGAAGAAGGCGUGCCAGGAGAGAGAGGCAAAAGAGGGCCACAGGGACUUCCAGGACCAGUUGGAGCCACCGGACCACGUGGAGAAGCCGGACCACAAGGGCCAGAUGGUGCUCCAGGCGCUAUCGGAGAGCCAGGACCCGAUGGCAUACCCGGAUUGAGGGGACCGCAAGGAGCGCCAGGAGCCGCUGGCGACCCAGGCCGUGAUGGACACCAGGGACUUCCAGGGGCCGUCGGAGAGAAAGGGCCACAGGGAGCUCACGGAAACAAAGGUCACUCAGGACCAGCUGGACUUCCGGGACACAGAGGAGAAAGAGGUGAACAAGGUGCGCCGGGAGAGCUUGGAGAACCAGGACCAACCGGAUUACCAGGACCAGUGGGAGCGCCAGGACGCGCUGGAGACCAGGGAGAGCCCGGAGAUCCGGGGCCGGCUGGACCAGAAGGACCAGUGGGUCCUAAAGGACCGAGAGGACCAAGAGGGGCCAGAGGAGCCAGAGGUGGAAAGGGAGGCAAAGGUGCUCAAGGAGAUAAAGGAGAGAAAGGACCACAGGGUCUUGCAGGAGCAAGAGGUGAUCCAGGCCACGCUGGCAAAGCAGGAAUUGUCGGAGCAAAUGGCGAUCCAGGACCCCAGGGUCUUCAAGGAGCCAGAGGAGAGCCAGGAGCCCAGGGAUUGAGAGGAGAUAGAGGAGAUGAUGGACCAGUCGGAGCCCAGGGACGUCCUGGAGUCGAUGGAUUUCCAGGCCCGUCAUCAGUGACUUCAGGAAAGGGACCGAAAGGUGCGACAGGCGCCGAUGGAGAUGAGGGGGCGGAGGGACCCCAGGGACCCAUCGGUCUGAUUGGAGCUCAGGGACCCCAGGGUGAACCCGGAGCUCAGGGUCAAGAAGGUGGGGUUGGUCCUCAGGGAGACAAGGGUUACCAAGGACCAAGGGGCCAGGUCGGGGCACCCGGAUCGGCCGGUGAAGAGGGUGACGUAGGUGCACCGGGAAGAGAUGGACCAACCGGAAAACAAGGACCACGUGGUGAGCAGGGAGAGAGAGGAGAGAGAGGAAUUGCCGGUAAAGUUGGCCACGCUGGUCCAGUUGGUGCUCCGGGCGCUUCCGGGCCCGCCGGGCCCGCCGGAGCUGCUGGUGCUCCAGGAGCCAAGGGUGUUCAAGGUGAGGCGGGUUUCACAGGCAAACCAGGACUGCCAGGAGAUGCAGGUGCUCGCGGGAAAGAUGGUGCCAAGGGUGGCAAGGGACCAGCUGGACCCGUCGGACCAGCCGGACCAGUGGGAGCACAAGGCCCCCAAGGAAACAGAGGUGCCCCAGGAAACCCAGGCACCAGAGGUCCCACCGGAUCAGCCGGACCAAUAGGAAUGAGAGGCGAGAGAGGUGCUCAAGGACCAGCCGGCGACCAUGGCGAACGCGGAGACCAUGGAUCGCAAGGACCACAAGGCAACGUUGGCCCCACUGGAGAGGCCGGCCCAGAGGGAGAUGCGGGCAGAGAUGGACACCCAGGGGCUGUUGGUCGUACAGGAGCUAAGGGAGGUGAGGGAGCUGCCGGACCCGCCGGACCAACUGGACCCGCCGGAAUGACCGGAGUUGUUGGCGCUGCAGGACCAAACGGAGGCCCUGGAGAGCGUGGUCCCAGGGGUGAAGUUGGUUUGAUCGGAGAAACCGGCGCUCCAGGACCCUUCGGAGCCGCCGGUGGCCCAGGAGCUGCAGGUGCUGAUGGAGAGAGAGGUGAAGCCGGAGGAAAAGGAGACAAAGGAUGGCCAGGCCUUCCAGGCAUUCAGGGAAACGCUGGACCAGCAGGAGAGAGAGGUGAGCAAGGACCCGUUGGAGCACCUGGAGCCCGUGGAAACAGAGGUGAGCACGGUUCAAGAGGUCAAGCUGGCCUCGCUGGUGCCGAUGGCCAAGUCGGAGUUCCAGGAGCUGUUGGACCACAAGGAGCGGAGGGAGAUGAUGGUAGACCAGGAGCCCCAGGGCCCGCUGGACCACCAGGACCCCCAGGCAGACCCGGCCGUGUCAUUUACAGCAGCACAGGUGGUGCCAUCCCGAACCAAUACAAGGGACCCAGCCAAAUGUACUGGGAUGAACCACAAAGAGUUAUGCAUCAGGAUCGCGUCGUUUUGGAGGAAUCCCUUCAAAAGAUUAGGGUGCCAAAGGGAACGAAGGAAUCACCCGCCAGAACAUGCAAAGAACUCGCUUUCUUCAACCCAACUUUCCCAAGCGGUCUCUACUGGAUCGAUCCAAACCAGGAGAGCCCUGAAGAUGCCAUCGAGGUCUUCUGCGAUAUCGAGUCCAAGAGGACAUGCGUACAACCACAAAACCAGGUGGACAAAGCCCGCUGGUACGAAGGCCCACAACAACGUACAUGGUUCGCCGACGAAAUCCCUAACGGAUUCCCAUUCACAUACAAAGUGAGCCACAACCAACUGAGAUACUUGCAACUCUUGAGCUCCUCCGCUUCACAGAACCUCACCUACUACUGCCGCAACUCCGUCGCCUUCUUCGACAGUAGCUCCAACUCUUAUGAGAAGGCCCUCACUCUCCUCGCCUACAACGAGAAGGAAAUCAGCGCCGACAAAUCAAAAUUCAAAUACUCCGUAUCUCUUGAUGAAUGCCAGAACCGUCUAGACAGCUGGUCCAAGACCGUCUUUGAAGUGAAGACAGAGAAACCCAGACGCCUGCCAAUCGUCAACAUGGCUCCAGUUGAUAUCGGCGAGAGAAACCAAGCUUUUGGUCUUGAGUUGGGUCCAGUCUGUUUCUCGUAAUUCUUCAGUCUAAAUAUAAACACAGCCUACAAAAUGCGUUCAUUAUCGAGUUAAUUAAUUAAUUAUUGAUUGAUUGGUUUGAUGAGGAUAGUUUUGUUUUUUAAUUUUUGUUUAAUAUCAUUAUGCGAUUGGAUUGAAUAGGAAGCUGAUGAUGAAAAUGAUUAUGGUGGUGGUGGUGACUGUGUCGAAUGCCUGAUGUCGUCCUAAUGUAAUAAUUUCUGGUUUGGGAGAUCAAUUAUGGUUGAUGGUUCGAUAAAAAAUAAAAUGUGAAUUCUGUGUAACAAGUUUUUUUUACUACUAUCGUAGAAAUUUAUUCAGAAUUCGUAAAUGAAUAAAUAAACCAUUAACACAAAAUGAAUAAAUGUUGAAUAAUAAAAUGGUGGUUAACAAUAAAUGCAGUUACGUUUUGUUUUCAUUUACCAAAAAAAAGAUAUUAAAAUGCUAUUAAAAUACGAAGAAAUGAAUAAAUAAAACUAAUGUUACAUAAAUAUUUACCACAAGACCAUGACAAUUUCCUCGAUUCCAAAAAUGGCAAAACGUGCCAUUUAAAACCCCAAGACAAAGAGAGCUGCUAUUAGUCAAGCUGUCCACUUCGCUUUGUGCCCCAUCAACAAACCAAAUUUUAAGACGAAACGUCAUAACUUAUUAACACAACAAAAUUAGUUUUAUAUCAAAUAACCAAAAUAUACCUAGUCUCUAUAACGCUAUGUCAGUAUUUGCAGGUACAUCUCUUUACCUGUCCAUUUAUUAAGUUUAAAUGCAAAACAAAUCAGAUGUAGGUCCUUUAUCAGUCAGUAUAGUAUAUAAAUUAGAUUCUAAAUAGAUGAAAAAAAAUUAAAACAUCACCACUUAUAAAAACGGCGAUUCAUUAACGUUAAUAGAACUAAACACGCGCGUUAACCAUUACACAGACAUUGAAUUCGAUUGUUAUAUCCAGAAAAAUAAAUAAAUAUAUAAAAAAAUAAAUAUUACAUCAAAUAGAAAAUAACCAUUAAAUAAAUAAUAAUUUCACGUCUCGAUUUACAUGUAUGAUUCUUUAGACUCUUACAUGUAUGUAAGAGUUUACAGAAUUAUUUAACCAAUUAAGACGAAAUUCUAUGAUUAAAAGACUAGCGAUGAUGAAUGACAGUUUAAAAUGGAGAAUGUUAAAGUUUCAAAAAUUACAAGAGAAAAACCGCAAUGUAGCCCAAAAACCACACACGCACACACAUCACAUACACACACACAUGCACACACACACGCACGCACAUCACACGCACACACACAUACAAAUUUAUCAUACCAAUGAUGGUAUUAACUCAGCAUAAAUAUAUGUACAGAUAUAUAUCAUAUUAACACAGUUUGAUACAGUAUUCAUUAUACAUAUACAUGCAUAGAUACAUCGUAUCAACAUAAUUUUGUUUACAAAAACAUACAAACGGAUAUUGUUUUGUAUAUUUCUCACAAACAAAGAUAUACAAAAAAACAAAUUAUAUAAUAUUAUUAUAACAGAAACGAAUUGUACGUACUAAAAUCGGUUAUAACGAGUUCGUUAUAACCGGGUUCGUUAUAACCGGUCACCGAGUUCGUUAUAACUUACGUACUAGUAGCAAGCCUUUUAGUUUUUCACAGAGACAGCAAUGAUGAUGAUGACGACGACGAGGAUUGUCAGACCGGUGGCUAUCAGGCAAAACUUUUUGCGUCUGGACUUUGACUGGUACGUGCGGGCCUUUUGUAGCUGUUCCACGCCGUGCUCCACGUUGAUGGCUGCAGUCUCCACGUUCGCCUCGAUACUGUCAACAACGUCAUUCUGCUCAUGAACUAGUAUGGCCAGGUCUUUGAAUAUUUGAUUGACAUCCAUUAUAUCCGCCUCCAAUUGACACAUGGACUUUUCCCUCUCUUCCAGCAACUUAACAUCUACCUCUUCUUCAUUUUCCUCUGCUUGUAUCAGACUGGAGUUAUCAAUGGAGACCAACUGGGCGUCUCUCUUAUCGUCAAGGAAUGGAUCGUAAUUAUUGUUGGGGUGAUGUUUGGGCCUGCUGCUGGCCUCCUUGUCCUUCUCCUGUCUCUGUGCCAGCUGAAAACUGCUCAGUGCUGCCGUGAAGUCGUUCAUCAGUCUGUCUCUGUGCAUCUUCCUCAUUCUCUGUUCGGAUGAUGACGCAACAUUGGGCAGGUUGACAAGCUCCGUUAACUUCUGCGACGUUUCCUUCGAGAGCUGGUUCGUGUAGUGCUGUAACUGGUGCAGUUUAUCUCUGAGCUCUGGAGUGUCGCUUGUCGUUCCUAUCUGGUUGAUCAUUCGUUGCAACUGGCUUACAUUUUGGGUGAUUUUCUGGAUGUUGUUGGCGAUCUGUUGAGAGCUCCUAUUAAAGUCCCAGCUGCUCGAGCUCGACUUAUCGUUAAUACUCCUAUAUUCCUUCAUGCUGAAGAUGAACCCAAGUAGGAUAGGUGCGUAUUCACACAAUUUUUUAACAAUAUUAAAUAUAUUUUUUAAAUUUUAAUUAUUUAUAUAUACAUGUUUAUUUUAUACAAAUUUAUAUUCAAAUUAUUAUCAACUUUUAUUUAUUUAUUUAUUUAUUGCAUUACUAGGCUAGUCACACAACAUCAAUGAGUCAUUGGAAUAUUAUUGUCAAAUAAUAAAUACAAUUAUUCUGAAAUAUAUAUCAACAGGAUUUUUUUUUACAAUAUUUAAAUAAAAUAACUCAUUUAUAAGUAAUUAAACUAGUAAUAUAAUAUACCAUAUUUGUUUAUUUAUAAAAAAUAAUUAUUAUCGAAUAAACUAUUAUCUAUAAUUAAUCAAUAACAAAGUUAAUUAAGCGUUAACCAUUAAUUGAUUUGUCUAUCUUUAUAAUUAUAUUAUUUAUUUAUCUAUUUACUAUUAUUUUGAUUAUAUAUAUUUCUUUUAUUUCUUAUAUGAUGAGAUAGAAGAAGACUCAUUCAGCCAGAUUCAGACAAAUAGCACACAUUUUGGACAAUUGGACAUCUAUUACAUUUAAUCAUCCCACUCAAUAACUAAAUUACAAUUACUAAAUUACAGAAUUACAAUUAUUCAAUAAUUCGAUUUAUUCAUUUGUUCAUUCAUUUAAAGACUAUUAUUAUUAUAA